CAAAGCUGAAUGCAAUUGGUGCGCUUUUCGAACGCACUUACUAGCUGCGUUCGGGGAGGCAAACAAAAAACUUUGGCGGCUCAACAGAAUUUGCUGAGUCUUGCAUUAACCCUGGUCUACAAUAGGUAAUUUAAUACGUUCAUUGCCAAACUGAAAAUUUGAAUUUCGUGUGGUGGCCAAAGUUAUUUUUUCUUUUUUUUUCAACAGACGAUGGCUGGAGGCCAUCCCCCCUCCACGAGAGUUCGAUCCCUUCCCCAGUGGCCUAUGUAUGUAAACAUCACGCGCCGUUUCGCCUAUUCUAUCCCGCAUAGAAACUCGUUAGCGACUCGUUAUAGCGAUCACGCGACAUCGCGUGAAUGGCAAUGAAUAUGUUAAGCUUUAAGCGAUAAGAAAUUAACCAAUGGCAGUCGAUUAUUUUCCACACAUUCAACUGUAAUUGGUUAACUUCUUAUAACUUAAAACUUAAAUCACCUAUUGUAGACCAGGGCUUAACGCGCAUGCACGAAUUUUCCCUUUUCAGCAAUCAUACUAGUUGAUAAUUUCUCAGUUCAUCAUUGAAUAUCAUUGAGUGUAUUCGAGUGUAUUCGUAACAACCUGUGUAGUCUAUGUAGUAAACGUAUAGUCUGUAAAACGAAGAGAACUUGCAAUAUAAAUCAAUAAGAGUUUUUGACAUGGAAAGUACCAACUCCACAGAGAAUAUCAGAAUGGCAUUAGUACAGAUAGAAAAGUUGGUGAAGCUAUAUACAACAUUAGCUGCUACUCCAUCUUUAAGCAAUGUAAGAAUUCUGAAUUCAUUAAAUAACAACUUAAUCAUACAAAGCAAAUGGACGCAGAGAAAUUUGGAGACAAAGAACAAUCAACGUUUCCUGAUAGAUCAUAUCAUUAAAUCUGACUGUACUGAGAUUUCCUCUAGUUUUCCAGUUGAUAUUACUACAGAGCUCAUGUCCACUAUGACACAUGAUGAAAAAUUUAAAGCUGUUUUGCGGCAAGUUACAAUUGACAAUUCUAAAAAGGAAUUUAUAGAAAUCUGGGAUAAACAGUAUAUGGUGAAAAAUUAUGAUCUCUCAGCUUUGGAUGUCCAUGGCAGUGUUUAUACAGACAAUGAAUUUAGUUCUUUUAAGUGGUCUCCGGAUAGUACUAAACUUCUUUACAUAGCAGAAAAGAAACUUCCCAAGACAGAACCAUUUUAUAAGCAAAAACCUCAGAACAAGAAGGACAAUAAAGAUGAUGAAACAGUAAUUGCUGGUAAUGAAUAUAUCUAUAAACCUCAUUGGGGAGAACAGCUGGUAGAUAAACAUCGCCCUGUUAUUGUGAUUCUUGAUACGAUAUUAGAAACAAUCACAACAUUAUCUGAAGUACCAGAUGAUCUUUCUCCUGCUCAAGUAAUCUGGACAAAAGAACAGGAUAUAAUUGGUGUAGCUUGGAAACAUGAGCCACGGUACUUAGGUCUUGUCGCCUGCACCAAUAGAACUUCGUGGAUAUUUUUAUUGAAAGAUGGGAAAUUUCAAAAAUUAUCUGAUGAUAAGUGUGCUGUGCAUAGCCCUAGAAUUAGCCCUAGUGGAGAUUAUCUCGUUUGGAUAGAGAGAAAUGUUACUAAUAUGCAUCAUAACACUCAAAGACUUAUGUUGCGCGAUCUAAGAUCCAAAGAAACGAAGAAUAGCAUAAUUGUGGAUAUUGUGCAAACGAGCGAAACAAUUAAAAAAAACAAGCAGUUUUAUGGAAUAUAUGGUCGUUUAUCAGAUCGUUGUUGGAGCGAUGACGAACAUUUAUUCUUCAGUACUCCUCAGAAGAAUAAUAUUUUCUCAUAUAUUGUAAACAUAAAAACAAAAACUAUGGUUGAGAUACAAAAUGAAAGUGGCAGCCUUAAUAUACUAGAUGUAAAAGAAAAUGCAAUUGCAUUUUUAAGUACAUCUUUAACACAACCUCCAUGCCUCAUGGUAGGUUGUUUCCAACAUACUGAACUGAAUACUGGUGAUAUUCCAAAAACAGUGAUUACAACACCACUAGAUCUUGGUCUAGAUAAGUAUAUGUACGAAGGCAAUGAAUAUACUUAUGACAACGAUGACGAAAUAAAACAAUUCAACUUUAUUUACUUCGGCCCCAAAAGUGGAAAAACUAAGUCAGUACCUUUUAUAAUCGUACCACAUGGAGGCCCUCACAGCAAUUAUGCAAACACAUUUUCUUUGGAUUUCUCUUUCUUGGUAUCAUCAGGUUUCGCGCUAGUUCUGGUGAAUUACCGAGGUUCCACAGGAAUGGGAGCCGCGACCGUGGAGUUUCUCGAAGGAAGAGUGGGAAAUGUAGACGUGAAAGACUGUAUAACUGCUGCGGAAGAGUCGUCGAAGAAGUAUCCUUGGCUCGACCCCAAACGUAUAGGUCUUUGCGGUGGAUCACACGGUGGAUUCUUAGUAACGCACUUGAGCGCACAAGCUCCGGACAUGUUCAAAGCAGUAGUCGCAAGAAAUCCAGUGGUCAAUAUCGCCCUUAUGUUCCACACGUCGGAUAUCCCAGAUUGUCGCAAUGCUCUGUCUAAGGAUGAGAAAAUAAAAUGUCUUCAUGAUGUGUGCUGUGCGACUACGGGCAUUACCUGCAACGUUUUAGAAAGUGGCGGUGAACCCGAUCCCCUUUUGUACACGAAAAUGUUAGAAUGUUCGCCUAUUGCUCAUGUCAACAAAGUUAAGGCACCGACCUUGGUCUCUAUCGGAACGAGCGAUCUGAGAGUGCCGUGCUCGAGUGGAAAGUCGUGGUAUCAUCGUCUUAAGACCAACAACGUGAAGACCAAACUACUCGUCUACGAUGAUAAUCAUCAGUUAUCCAGCGGGCCAGCUGAAAUCGAUCACAUCAUCAACGAUUGUAUCUGGUUACUCGAGCAUUUGAAGAAGGAUGAUGACGCAGAACUCGAAAACGAGGAAUAAAUCUUCCUGUGUUUGAUUUCAAACAUAUGUAUAUGUAUGUAAAGAUCUUUAUUAUCACAAAUUUUCAGAAUAUAUAUAAAUAUAUGAAUAUAUAUAUAUAUAUAUACGCAAUAUUAUUACAUAUAUACUUUUCACAAAGAACAAUAUUCGUUCUCCAAAAUAUACA